AUGGAAUCUUUUCCUAAAGUAGCGACCGAAAUAACGAAUCCUAACGGUGAAGAACAACCAUUGUCAAUGUCAGGUGUAUCCACUAAUGAUGAAUUUGAUAAGAUACUUGCGGACAUUGUCAUGUUGCCAUCCAGCACAUCUGAUGUUAUGUCAAUUACCAUGGAUUCAAACAGCAAUGAUGAACAGUACGAUAUCAAUCUUCUUAUUGAUUCAUCCAAUGCUAAUAUUGAUCCUUUUACAUUAAUUGGUGCUUCAAUUGAUAAUGAUGAUUUAAGAAAAAUAAUUGACUCACUUAAAACUGAAUCAAAUGAAACAGAACAAUUCCAACAAAGUAUUUCUGUCGAAAAUAAUAUCCCAACAUAUAUCAAUGAAUCACCAUGGACAUAUUCACCACCGUGGUCUGUUUCAGUUGAUAAUUCACCAGUGGAACCAAAAUUUGACUUUAUGUCAACUUGUGCACAAGCUGUUGUUGAACAACAACAACAAUUAAUCAAAGAAGCAAAAUCGAAAAAAGCCAAAACUCAUCAACAACGUUCAGAAACCGUUACCCCUAUCGAUUACGUUCUAAAUUCAAGUGGUUGUCAACCAUGCACUACUGUACAUAUGUACAAUGAUUUUGCAUAUGAACAACAACUGAUUGAAUAUGAUGCUGCAGAAUCAAAGAAAAUUCAAAUUAAAUGUCAACCACGUACAAAAUACCGUCCACGAACACAAAAUGAAAGUAAAAAUUCAGCACACUAUGUACGAUGUGAAGAAGGAAUCAAGCCUGAAUACCCAACAGUUUUGAUUCCUGAGGUGUGGAAUUUUCAAUCGGAUGUAAAUCUUAUUGAGGUUACUCUCAUGGGCAUUGACAAACAGCCCCAUCCAUAUUCUAUUGAUAAUAAAACUAGUUCAGAUACAUACGAAGAUCAUGCAUUAAUCUUUAAACAAAAUGAACAAAAUGUUUUAUACUUUCGUUUAACAAAUGAAGAUUUUCAAAAUGGAUAUAAAACUUUCAUGAUUGAAAUGAUUAAAAGUAAACAAGAUAAUAUUAUAACAAAGGAACUAAUUCGUUCGCGACAACUUGAACAGUCAAUGUUUCGCUUUACACGUAUCUUUCAAGUGGGAAAAGGAGAAUUUCAGCGUGAUGAAGGUAGUACAGAAUAUUCUUCUAUUAUGAUUGAAGCUUACGGUGAUGUUGAAAUUGAACACAUGGGUCCACGAUAUGGUCCAAUGUGUGGACAAGAGAUGGUAUAUCUUGUUCUUAAGGGCCGUAUCCUUAAAAAUGAUUUAAAAAUUGAAAUUAUUGAAAAUUUAAAUAGCUGGUAUCAUUCAGUAGAAAAUUUCACUAAAAAUGGUAAUAUUAUUUAUUUUCCAAUGCCAGCCUUUCCAUUUCCACAAUUCGAUACAAUGAAAGUAAAUAUUCUUAUUUACUAUAAAGGAGAAGAAUUACAUCAAGCAAGCUAUUUAUAUAAAGGAUCAUUAGAUCAAGAAUUAGCUGAACUUCGUUUAAAUGAUCCAGAUGCAACUACUGUUUCAGUACCAAUACCCAGGAAUUUCGACCCUUUUGACUUCAUUACAGCUACCGGUAUAUAUCCCACUUCAUCCCCUCGAAAAACAUUAACACUUAAACGUACAAAAGGCUUGAUUAAAACUGAUAAACAAAAACAAAAACAAUACUAA